AUGAGAAUAGGUCAAGUUCUUAAGAAAAUGAGCCAAAAGAUUAACCUUGGUAUUACGUGUGAUAUGCAUGUGCACCUGAGAGAUGGUGCCAUGUGUGAUCUGGUUACUCCUACUGUUAGAGAGGGCGGUAUCUCUGUAGCCUACAUUAUGCCUAAUUUACAACCUCCAAUCACUACAUUGGAUCGAGUAGUGCAUUACAAACAAAAACUGCAGAAGUUGGCUCCCAAAACCACAUUCCUCAUGAGUUUUUACCUCUCACCUCAACUGACACCAGAACUGAUCCAUGAAGCAGCAUCUCAAAGUGCUAUCAGAGGUGUUAAGUGCUACCCAGCUGGUGUAACGACAAAUUCCAGUGCAGGUGUGGAUCCUAAUGAUUUCAGCAAUUUUUACCCGAUUUUCCAAGCCAUGGAGGAGGAAGGUUUAGUGUUAAAUCUUCAUGGUGAAAAACCAUCUGUGAGUAAAGGUGAAGAAGAUAUCCAUGUUCUCAAUGCGGAAGAAUCCUUUUUGCCAGCAUUGAAAAAACUACAUCAUGAUUUCCCUAAUCUCAAGAUUAUUCUCGAGCAUUGCACCACUAAGGCCGCUGUCGAUACCGUUAAUGAAUUGAAUGCAAAUGUCAAGAACCCUGAAGAUAUCAAAGUAGCCGCAACAAUUACUGCACACCAUCUUUAUUUGACCAUUGACGAUUGGGCAGGCAAUCCAAUUAACUUCUGUAAGCCAGUGGCUAAAUUGCCAUCUGAUCAAAGAGCUCUCGUGGAAGCUGCUAUCUCUGGUAAACCGUGGUUCUUCUUUGGCUCAGAUUCUGCACCUCAUCCUAUUGGUAACAAGGCAAGACACAUUGGUGUAUGUGCAGGUGUCUAUACCCAAUCCUUAGCGCUACCAUAUGUGGCACAAAUAUUCGAACAACAUGGUGCUAUUGACAAAUUGUCAGGAUUUUUAUCCCAAAAUUCAUGGAAUUUUUACCAGUUAUCAAGGGACCAAUUGCAGUCCCAAGAUGAAGCCAUCUUGUAUAAAGAUCCACAAGUCGUGCCUGAUACUAUUACGAAUGACAACGGAAUACAAGUAGCACCUUUCCAAGCAGGACAGGAACUAAACUGGAAAGUCGAAUGGCAAUGUAAAUAA